CAGGGAGGGCGGAACCCACGUGCACAGGUCAGCUCAGCAUGUCGGUCAGUGUCCACGAGACCCGCAAGUCGCGGGGCAGCGCGGGCUCCAUGAACAUCACGCUGUUCCACAAGGCCUCGCACCCCGACUGUGUGCUGGCCCACCUCAACACGCUGCGCAAGCACCGCAUGUUCACGGACGUCACGCUCUGGGCCGGUGACCGCGCCUUCCCCUGCCACCGCGCCGUGCUGGCCGCCUCCAGCCGCUACUUCGAGGCCAUGUUCAGCCACGGCCUGCGGGAGAGCCGCGACGACACUGUCAACUUCCAGGACAACCUGCACCCCGAGGUGCUGGAGCUGCUGCUGGACUUCGCCUACUCGUCCCGCAUCGCCAUCAAUGAGGAGAACGCCGAGUCGCUGCUGGAGGCGGGCGACAUGCUGCAGUUCCACGACGUGCGCGACGCGGCCGCCGAGUUCCUGGAGAAGAACCUGUUCCCGUCCAACUGCCUGGGCAUGAUGCUGCUGUCGGACGCCCACCAGUGCCGCCGGCUCUACGAGUUCUCCUGGCGCAUGUGCCUGGUGCACUUCGAGACCGUGCGGCAGAGCGAGGACUUCAACAGCCUGUCCAAGGACACCCUGCUGGACCUCAUCUCGAGCGACGAGCUGGAGACGGAGGACGAGCGCGUGGUCUUCGAGGCCAUCCUCCAAUGGGUGAAGCACGACCUGGAGGGGCGCAGGGCCCACCUGCCCGAGCUCCUGCGCAGCGUGCGGCUGGCCCUGCUGCCGUCCGACUGCCUGAAGGAGGCCGUGUCGGGCGAGGCCCUGCUCAUGGCCGACGAGCGCACCCGGCUCAUCGUGGACGAGGCGCUGCGCUGCAAGACCAGGAUCCUGCAGAACGACGGCGUGGUCACCAGCCCCUGUGCCCGGCCGCGCAGGGCCGGCCACACGCUGCUCAUCCUGGGGGGCCAGACCUUCAUGUGCGACAAGAUCUACCAGGUGGACCACAAGGCCAAGGAGAUCAUCCCCAAGGCCGACCUGCCCAGCCCCCGCAAGGAGUUCAGCGCCUCGGCCAUCGGCUGCAAGGUCUACGUGACCGGGGGCCGGGGCUCCGAGAACGGGGUCUCCAAGGACGUGUGGGUGUACAACACCGUCCACGAGGAGUGGUCCAAGGCGGCGCCCAUGCUCAUCGCCCGCUUUGGCCACGGCUCAGCCGAGCUGGAGAACUGCCUCUAUGUGGUCGGGGGACACACGUCCCUGGCCGGUGUCUUCCCGGCCUCCCCGUCGGUCUCCCUGAAGCAGGUGGAGAAGUACGACCCCGGCACUAACAAGUGGACGAUGGUGGCCCCGCUGAGGGAUGGCGUCAGCAACGCCGCGGUCGUGAGCGCCAGGCUGAAGCUCUUCGUUUUCGGGGGGACCAGCAUCCACCGGGACAUGGUGUCCAAAGUCCAGUGCUACGACCCCUCGGAGAACCGGUGGACCAUCAAGGCCGAGUGUCCCCAGCCGUGGCGGUACACUGCCGCCGCCGUGCUGGGCAGCCAGAUCUUCAUCAUGGGGGGCGACACGGAGUUCACAGCCGCCUCAGCUUACCGCUUCGACUGCGAGACCAACCAGUGGACUCGGAUCGGGGACAUGACCGCCAAGCGCAUGUCCUGCCACGCCCUGGCCUCGGGCAACAAGCUCUAUGUGGUGGGGGGCUACUUCGGGACCCAGCGGUGUAAGACGCUGGACUGCUACGACCCCACCUCGGACACGUGGAACUGCAUCACCACCGUGCCCUACUCGCUCAUCCCCACCGCCUUCGUCAGCACCUGGAAGCACCUGCCCGCGUGAAGAACACCUGCAGAGCCCGGCCAGACUCUGCGCGUUUCUCCCUGCCCCAUGGCUGCAGCCCUCAUUGUCACAUGGUGGCCCUGACCCUGCCUGCCACAGCAGGACGCCCCGCCCGGCCCCACCAGCUCUGGGAGUAGCGGCCUCAGGGGCUGCUCUGAUCUUCAGAAAGAGAAGCCGUCACCAGUGCCCGUGUGUCUAGCCGAGGCCUUUCCUGCUUGGCAGGGGUUUGCGGGGGUGAGGACCUUCCAGAGGGGUGAGGAUGGAUGCCAGGACACCCCUGGCCUUGGAGAGGACACUUGUAGAGCCUUGGGGUCACCUGUUGCAGCAAGUCCUGGCUGGGUUGGGGGGGUGCUGAGUUCGGGGAGGGGGUGGUGGCAACACUGAUGGCCUGGCCUUUGGCCACAGCUUCCCUCUCAGUGUUAUGAUGUCACCCCACAGGGGGUGUCCCAGGCCUCUGGGAACGUGUGCCCUGGGACUGAGGGUAGAAGGUGCAGAGGAGAAAACUGACAUGUUGUUGGAGGGAGGGAACCCUUGGGUAACCUCAGCGAUGCCCACAAGGCGUCAUUAGCAAAUGACACCCCGACCCCAGGGUUAAAUGGACCCUCUCCAGAGUCGAGCUUUGUCCCCAGUGACCUUGCCACCUCCAGUUCAGACCAGCCAUGCCCCAGGAUGCUGUGCCCAGGUGCAGACACAGAGGGGUGGGGGGCUCCUGGGUGACACAUGCUGUUAAACAAGGAGAUACCUGGAGCCACCCUGUCACCUCCCUUCAGAGCCUAGCCUGAGAGGCACCAAUGACCCCAUCCCCUGACAGGACUACACCAGCCCUGGAACGUGGCCCUCCCUUCCAAGACCAGAAGCAGAUAGGAGCUGGGGACCACAGAGGGGCCCCAGGGUGCUCACUGCACAUCCCUCUGGGGCUGGGCUCAUCUCAGCUUGGAGGAUGGCCAGCCCCACCAGCCCCCACUGUCCUUCGCCAUUGACCUUCCAGCUGAUAAUGAUCUAGCCCAUUUGCCCCCUGAGUUCAGAGGUAGGGAUUGUUCCCAAGAACACUGCCAGCCAUUUGUUCAUUUUUCCCACCUUCUGAGUCACGGGGUCCCUCCUGUGUCCAUCCUCAGCAGCCAGGGCUCUGGAGAGGCUGGCUCCUGCCACAGUCCUCCUCAUACCGAGCAUUUCUGGGCUGGUCCCUUGCUCGCCCAGUGUUCACUGGAGAGGAGGGGGCGUUUGGUGCUGGAGCCAAAACCUGUGACUUCCCAGGCUGCCAGCCACCUGCACGGUGCUGCUGGGCUGGUUCAGGACUGGGGCUCCAAAGCAGGUUGCUUUCCAUAA